CCCUAUAAGCAGGUAAUUAAUUAUAUUUUUCCUCUAUUCUAUUUACUAGACCAAUCUAUUGAUCGUUUUAGCAAAGCUCAUCAUCGUCUUAGUAUCUCUACUAUAAGGAAAAAUAGCGAGUUUCGUUAUUCAAUUAACUCACAUUUUACUGGCAAAAAUGCGUCUCUCCCUUCCCUAACUCACAGGACUAAAAUCGCCAUCAAUAAAUCUGAUCUUUGCGAGCACACAGGGUUCCAGUGCAAAUGAUGCGCAUUGGUCAAACAAGAGCCCAAAUAAAGGGUCUUUCUUACUCUUUUCGUGGAUUUGCCACUGGUAAUAAACCACCCCAAACGAUCACUGAAAAGAUCGUCCAAAGGUUUGCACAGAAUCUUCCUGAAGGAAAAUUCGUUCGUUCCGGUGAUUAUGUGAGCAUAAAACCAAAGCACUGUAUGUCCCAUGAUAAUUCAUGGCCUGUUGCACUAAAGUUCAUGGGCAUUGGUGCCGAAAAGGUAUUCGAUAAUCGUCAGGUAGUUUGUACUUUGGAUCACGAUGUACAAAAUAUGAGUGAAACCAAUUUGCGUAAAUAUAGAAACAUAGAAUCUUUUGCUAAAGGACAAGGAAUUGAUUUUUAUCCUGCCGGUCGUGGUAUCGGUCAUCAAAUCAUGGUUGAACAAGGAUAUGCAAUGCCCGGAAGUCUAGCAGUUGCUAGUGAUUCACAUUCUAAUACUUAUGGUGGUGUCGGUUGUUUAGGUACCCCUAUUGUCCGUACGGAUGCUGCUUCUAUUUGGGCCACCGGUCAAACUUGGUGGCAGAUUCCUCCUAUUGCUCGUGUUAAUCUUGUUGGUCAAUUACCCAAGGGUUUGUCUGGAAAAGAUAUUAUCGUAUCUCUUUGUGGUGCUUUUAAUCAUGACGAGGUUUUAAACCACGCCAUUGAGUUUUAUGGUGAGGGUCUCGAAAGUUUGGAUAUCGAUUCUCGCCUAACCAUUGCCAACAUGACUACAGAAUGGGGUGCUCUUUCUGGUUUGUUUCCUACUGAUGAAAAGGUUUUCGAGUGGUAUGAAAAACGGCUUCAAUUCUUGGGGCCCAAUCAUCCAAGAGUGAACCGUAAAGCUCUUGAUGAAAUGAAAGCCAAUCCCAUAAUCCCCGAUGAGAAUUGCUAUUAUUCCAAGUAUCUUACUUUGGAUUUGAAUACAAUAUCUCCUGCCGUUUCAGGACCUAAUUCCGUUAAAGUUUACAACUCGGCUGCUAAACUUGAAAGGGAUAAUAUCCCAAUCAAGAAGGCUUAUUUGGUUUCCUGUACAAAUGGUCGACUUUCCGAUAUCCAUGAUGCUGCCGAAGUUGUUCGCGGUAAAAAGAUUGCCGAUGGUGUUGAAUUUUAUGUAGGUGCCGCAUCAAGUGAAGUCGAAGAGGCAGCUAGGGAAAAUGGUGAUUGGCAAACGCUUAUUGAUAGUGGUGCUCGUACUCUCCCUGCUGGUUGCGGUCCUUGUAUCGGUUUAGGUACUGGAUUGUUGAAGGAGGGUGAAGUUGGCAUCAGUGCUACGAACCGUAACUUUAAGGGUCGUAUGGGAAGUCGUGAAGCUUUGGCUUAUUUGGCUUCUCCUGCUGUUGUUGCUGCCUCCGCUAUCGCAGGAAAGAUCGUCGCUCCUGAAGGAUUUAAAGACUCCGUUGAUCAAGUUUCUGCAGUUGAUGUCACUGAAAAAAUGAAUGCUCAUAAGAAGUCAGUAAACGAGACCGGUGUAUCUGAUUCUGAAACCCCCAUUCUUGAUGGUUUUCCUGCAUCUGUAUCUGGUGAAAUUGUAUUCUGCGAUGCUGACAAUCUGAAUACUGAUGGUAUUUACCCUGGUCGUUAUACUUAUAGAGACGAUAUUAGUAAAGAAGAAAUGGCCAAGGUUUGCAUGGAAAACUACGAUGCUGAUUUUGGAAGCAAAACUAAGCCUAACGAUAUUUUGGUAAGUGGCUUUAAUUUUGGUACUGGUUCUAGUCGUGAACAAGCAGCUACUGCUAUUUUGUCUCGAGGAAUGCCUCUCGUCGUCGGCGGAUCUUUCAGUGAUAUAUUUAAACGCAACUCCAUUAAUAAUGCACUAUUGGCUGUUGAAUUACCCGAGCUUGUUCAAAAGCUUCGUACUGCCUUUGCAAACAGCCCUAAAGAACUUACUCGUCGUACCGGUUGGCACCUUAAUUGGGACGUCCGUAAAAGUCUUGUUCAAGUUACUACUGCAGACGAGAAGAUAUUAUCAUGGAGAAUUGGAGAGCUCGGGAAUUCUGUACAAAGCCUUUUCGUUCGUGGAGGUCUUGAAGGUUGGGUUAAACAUGAAAUCUCCGAGUCUUCAUAAGUUCAAAUAAUGCUCAUUUUGUUGAAUGUUUCAUUACGCAGAUGGUACACAUUCUUUAAUUUUAAAAUGCUAUUUCUGUUUUGGAUACCAACAUUAUAAAUAAAUUUGUAUAUAUAACUCGAUCUAAUUAAUAAAGUAUACAUUCUGUUCCUAAUA